GUUGCGGUGACGAUGGCUCCGCCAAUGAUGCCAUAUCAUGUUGUCCCAGGUCAGGUUCCGAAUCCAGCGCUUAGACCUUAUGCACCAAUGCCUAAUGGAUACGGUGUCGUUCACGCACCUGCUCCGGCAGAACAUGUUAGCAACUGAGUGCUCGUUGGCCUUGUAUUCUAAGGUAUUGCAAAUUCUUUCGUUUACAGUUUCUCUUUCCUUUCUUUGUCCUCUUCAUGCUGCACAUUGGGCUUCUAACAGUUGAGAUAAAUUUAAAUGGCCACAUAUACAAGCAUAGAUUUGUGUAAUAAUUCACCUAUGAGCAUGAGAUGCUGGAAAAUUCUCAUUAUGCUAUUUCAAAAUUGUGCAAUUGGUGCAUGGGAUUGUGACACACUGCUACUUAACACGUGGAUGCGAAAGGUAAGCGUCUUCAUAUAUUCAUGAUUAUGAAUUCGAUGCUAUUCUCUCAAUGUUUCCUUCAGGUUAUCUGUUCAGCUGGUGAUAGUUGUCAUGCCUGUGGUGCCAUCUCUAAUAUGCUUUUAAUGUGUGGUAACAGCAUUUAAUUAUGUUUUUGAAGUUUUUAGGUGCUGAGAAAACAGUUAUGACUGUAUUUUGUUUGUAAACUUGUUCUUACAUAUUGGCAUAGAUGUUUGUUCUUUAUUUAUUCAGGUCUUCCUCGGUAUCCUGCUCCGUACCCAGCUAUGGUUCGGCCUGUAUUUCCUCCACGUCCUCCAGGACCUGUUGGAGUGCUUCCGGCAGUGGCACGUCCUCCUGUUCCCGGGAUUGCUGGUGUUCGCCCGAUAAUUCCACCAGUUGUUAGGCCAGCUGUUUUUCCUGGUGGUACACCAGCAGAGAAACCCGAAACUACUGUUUAUGUUGGCAAGAUAGCAUCAACUGCAGAUAAUGAUUUUAUGCUUUCUCUUCUUCAGGUAUGUGGACCUGUCAAGAGCUGGAAACGUCCUCAGCAUCCCUCAAAUGGGACACUUAAAGGCUUUGGGUUCUGUGAAUUUGAGUCUGCUGAAGGGGUUCUUCGUGCAUUACGACUGCUCAGUAAAUUUAACGUUGAUGGGCAAGAAUUAAUGUUAAAUGUUACUCAAGCAACAAAAGAGUAUUUGGAGCGACAUGUUGAGAAGAAAACUGAAAACACAAAGAAACUCAAGGAAACUCAAGAUGCAGGGGCUGAGAAAGAGGAUGCAAGUGUGCAAGGUGUUGAGAAAAAAGAGCUUCCCAAAGCCUCUGAAGACUUGAAGAAGGAAAAUGAAACUGGAGACAAAGAGAGUCAUGAUAAUUCCAAUUUUGGGAUUGUGACUGAUGAGGAUAGGGAAGCUGACCGAGAGGCUUUGGAGAAGCUUAAAAGCAUGAUUGAAGAGAGGUUAAGGGCCAAUCCUCUGCCUCCACCCCCUGCUCAAUCAACCGUUGAUGGUUUUGGUAUUCCAAACUCAGAAUUGCCAGCUAAAAAUAGGGAUGGAGACUCUGAUGUGGAUAUAUUGAGAAAUGAUUUAGCUGAAGAUAAGAUUGAUGAUGAGACAGCCAGUGAUUCCAAAGCAACUAGUGAGCAUGAUAGGCCUGACACAAGCUCACCUGAUAAGAGUAGGACUUAUGAUAGGAGAAGUAGAGAUAGAGACAGAGAGCGAGAUCUAAAACGAGAAAAGGAACGGGAAAUUGAUAGAUAUGAAAGGGAAGCGGAGCGAGAACGUGCCAGGAAAGAGAGAGAGCAAAGAAGGAAGAUCGAGGAGGCCGAGCGUGAGUAUGAAAGGUGUCUUAAAGAUUGGGAGUAUAGAGAAAGAGAGAGAGAAAAAGAGAGGCAGUAUGAGAAGGAGAGGGAGAAAGAGAGGGAACGCAAACGGAAGAAAGAAAUCCUUUAUGAUGAAGAAGAUGAGGAUGAUGAUUCACGGAAAAGAUGGCGUAGGAGUGUGUUAGAAGACAAGAGAAGAAAGAGGCUGAGAGAAAAGGAGGAUGAUUUCAGUGACAAAAUUAAAGAAGAGGAAGAAAUUGCUGAGGCUAAGAAGAGGGCUGAGGAGGAACAGCUGCAGCAGCAACAAAGAGAUGCAUUGAAGCUUUUGUCUAGGCAUGAAGCAAAUGGAACUGAAAAACCUUCAUUGGCUGAAGAAUCUGGUGUUGAGACCAAAGAUAAAACUGCUGUUGAUCAGGAUUAUGAGGGUGAUUCCAUUCAUGAAAAUCAUGUAGCUGGUGAUGAAGUUUUACAAAAUGGUACUGGUGAUGAAUCAAUGAAUGCAUCCGUUUCUGCAUUGGAUAUGCGGCAGAGCAGUAAUGCCCCAGCAAGAAAGUUGGGCUUUGGUCUUGUUGGCUCUGGCAAACGAACUGCUGUCCCUUCUGUCUUCCAUGAGGAGGAUGAUGAUGAUGCACAGAAGGAGAAAAAGAUGAGACCCCUGGUUCCCAUUGAUUACUCCACUGAGGAACUGCAGGCAGCCCAACCUAUUGUUUCUGGAGCAAACCAGCCAAAUUUGGCAGCAGCGGCAGAAUUUGCAAAGCGCAUUUCAAAUGUUAAUUCCAAAGACGAGAAGCUUGAUUCCGAAAGAGAAAGAAGUAGGCGUUCUCAUGAUAGGUCAAGCCAGCGUGAGAAGGACCGUAGUGGUGAGGAUAAUAGUCGCACAAGAGAUGAGAAAAAAGAGAAGAUUCUUGAUCGGGAUAGAGAUCGGGAACAUGGGUUAGAUAAGGCGAAGACACCGGAUAACAAAAAACUUUUAGAUGCUAAACAAUUGAUUGAUAUGAUCCCUAAGACAAAAGAGGAGUUGUUUUCGUUUGAGAUAAAUUGGGCUGUUUAUGAUGAGCAUGAGCUGCAUGAGAGAAUGAGACCGUGGAUUUCAAAGAAGAUAACAGAGUUUUUGGGAGAAGAGGAAACCACUCUGGUAGACUAUAUUGUAUCCAGUACUCAAGAACAUGUGAAGGCAUCUCAAAUGCUAGAGUUGCUGCAAACUAUUUUAGAUGAUGAAGCUGAAAUGUUUGUGCUCAAGAUGUGGAGGAUGCUUAUCUUCGAAAUUAAGAAGGUAGAGACAGGUCUUGCAUUGAGGGCAAGAUCUUGAAUGG